AGGAGUGAAGGAAAUCGAAAAACCAGAGUUGGCUCCAUAAACAGCCGAUUUGCAAAGCGAAGACAAUUUUGAAAUUGACAGAAGUAAAUACAGAGCUUAGUAGUUAAGCUCCAAGGCACCAUUUGUUUUUGUAAGAAAUCUCGUUUUUCUCUGCUUUCUUUUUUGUGUUAUUUAUGUAUUUAUGUGUAGGUUUCAAUAAUUUAGCAGUCCUUUUUGGUUGAAACGGGUGAAAUUCCAAAACCGCAAUGAAGAGCAAGCUUUAGGCAUUGAUUGUAUGUUAUUAUGUUUUCUAUAUGCUAUUUGUGUUGGUUGCGAGUCAGAAUCAGGGUUUCAUUCUCGCACUAGGGUUUUAGAGCUCUGUUUCAAAUUGAGCUGAUUUUAUUGUUUAGGUCCGCUGAAAAGGUUUCAAUUGUGUAAAUUGUAGAAAUGAAGCUUUUUUAAGGAUACAAGAAACUGGGGUUUUCGGAGGCUGUAUUUGAAGUUUGAUGUUGUCUGAUAUGGAAAGGAACUUUAAGUGUUUGCAUUACAUUUGGUCUUUGGAUAGGGAUGCCAAUGAAUAAUAAUAAUCCUGCAAAAAGCUUAGGGGCACCACCUACAUUUGCCAAUUCUAGUGUAAUAUCACAGUCUACGUCCAUGAACACCCAAUCAACCCAUCUACUGACACACUCACAACCUCAAACACAAGGCGCGUCCACCUUUCCAGGCCAUUUUCAGCUUUCUGAACCACAAGCACAAGUGCUAGGCCAUUCACAAUACGCACAGGCAGCUCAUGCUCACUUCCAAGCUCAGUUACAAUCAACUAAUCAAUCCAUUGCCCAGCCGCAAAACUCUAAUCCUAGUAAUGUUGGUGUAUCAUCACCCUCUGUUCCCACCCCUGGCACUGCAAGUGCCAAAAGGGCUAACCCGAGACCACCUUCAAGGCCUCCAGGAGGCUCAUCCAAUAGCAAUACAGCUUCACCAUUUAAAACAAUGGAAUUAACCCCAGCUGCGCGAAGGAAGAAGCAAAAGCUUCCUGAGAAGCAAAUACCUGAUAAAGUGGCUGCAAUGUUGCCAGAGUCUGCACUCUAUGCGCAAUUGCUUGAAUUUGAAGCUAGGAUAGAUGCUGCUAUGACAAGAAAAAAGAUGGAUAUUCAAGAGUCACUAAAAAACCCUCCUCGUAUUCGGAAAACACUUCGAGUAUAUAUUUUUAACACUUUUGAAAAUCAAGUGCAAGGAGAGAAGAAUAAUGCAGAGCCUCCUUCUUGGUCAUUGAAGAUUGUUGGGAGGAUAUUGGAAGAUGGGAAAGAUCCAAUGCUGGCUGGAAUUCCACAGAAACCAUAUCCAAAAUUCUCAUCGUACUUCAAGAAAAUUACAAUAUACUUGGAUCAAAGUCUCUAUCCAGAUAACCAUGUAAUUCUAUGGGAAAGUGCUCGAUCUCCUGUACUUAAUGAGGGUUUUGAAGUGAAGAGAAAAGGAGACAAGGAAUUCACAGCGAUAAUUAGACUAGAAAUGAAUCAUGUGCCAGACAAAUUCAAGCUUUCACCCGCUUUAUCCGAAGUUCUUGGAAUUGAGGUGGAAACUCGUUCAAGAGUUUUAGUGGCAAUCUGGCAUUAUGUGAAGUCUAGGAAGUUGCAGAUCCCAACUGAUCAAUCCUCCUUCAUGUGUGAUCCCCCCCUUAAGAAAUUAUUUGGGGAAGAAAAGAUGAAAUUUGCACAGGUUUCACAGAAGAUAGGUCCGCAUUUAACUCCUCCGCAACCUAUUCAUUUGGAGCAUAGGAUCAAACUAUCCGGCAAUUGCCCGACUGGAACUACUUGCUAUGAUAUUAUGGUUGAAGUUCCUUUUCCAUUGCAAAAGGACCUUGCUGCAUUUUUAGCCAACACUGAGAAGCACAAAGAAAUUGAUGCUUGUGAUCAAUUAAUAUGUGACGCUAUAAAGAAGAUACACGAGCAUCGAAGGAGGCGGGCUUUCUUUCUUGGGUUCAGUCAGUCGCCGGCAGAAUUUAUUAAUAUUUUAAUGGCCUCCCAAAGCAAAGAUCUAAAGCUUGUUGCUGGAGAUGCAAGCCGUACUGCAGAAAAGGAGCGCCAUUCUGAUUUCUACAAUCAGCCUUGGGUUGAAGAUGCUGUUAUUCAUUACCUCAAUCGCAAGUCUGUUGGAAUUGAUGCUCCUGGAAGCACUUGAUUGAGUCAGAUUGUCAAAGAUGGCAUGGAUGUCGAGGCUUAUUCAGUUCUACUUCAGUUGCUAGGCAGAGGUGUUUUAUAUCCUUUUCUAAGUGGCUUUCUGGUCAAGUGCUUAGCCAGAUUAUUGUUCAUGGUGGGAGUAAUCAUGGUCAACGAGGAAAAACUCGGCAUGAUUUGUUGUUCUAUAUUUGUACAAGCUUAGUUGUUGGAAUUGUAGACCUUGUUAUUUAGGAGUCACACAUAGCAUCUUGAUUGCCGCUGAAAAUAGAUAUGGACAUCUAGAAGUCAAAUUCAUUAUGUAUGUCAUUGAACAUUUAAUCUUCUAGUUAGAGAGCUAAUAAUUUGGAAUUUAUUAAUUAUUUUGGUUUUAGAUUUCUAAUAAUUAAUUUAUUAAUUAAUAUUUUAGGGUUACUUGGA